AUGAACGACAACUGCGUCAGUGCUAACUUCAAAAAAGAGCCAGAUACAAGUGUAAUGGCUCAUGUUUGUGAACUGAAUAACGCCACUCAUCUUGACCAUGAUACUGACCUGAUAACUGAUGCUGAUUUUUAUUAUCGAGGCUCAAAGGUAAAAUAUAAAGUAUAACUCAAAUUCAGCAACUCGGCGAUGAAUCAUGGAAAACAAACGACGUUUAACAAAACUUAAGUUCGUUCAUUCAUGUAUCAAUCAUUCAAUACAUUGAUCUUCUUUAAUUUUUCCUUUUUUCUUUUUUCUUUUCAGAACGCCUGCGGUGAAAACCCACCUUGUCAAAAUAAUGCAACUUGUCAGUCCGGUUUCACAAUCAAGGGAUAUCGAUGCUCGUGCCCUCCUGGAUUCGAAGGAGAACAUUGCGAAAAAGGUUAA